UCCCCAACUUGUUGCUAUUUGUGUGUGUGUGCUUUCACCUGGCGCUCAUUCUUUUUAUAGACGCCCUCCUUUCUUUCUUGUCUUGCAUCCUUUGCAGCAAAAGUUGAAAAAAAGGAUACUUCCUGUUCUUCUGCACUUCGUCCUGACAAUCUGCUCUGCAAUCGCUCGUCAUUUCGCUGUCCAUAGGAAUCAAUCAUCCUACCGUUCUGUUUGAGAAUGCGUAUCAUUAGCUUGCUGCCUGCCUUGUUGGCCACCAUCCCCGCUGUUACUGCGGCCGGCACUCUGGGGCUUGCUCUUGGCAACAAGAACGCAGACGGCAGCUGCAAGGCCACCGGUGACUACGAGGCUGAUUUCGAGGCACUCAAGAGUGUGACUAAAAUCGUCCGCACCUAUUCUGCCAGUGACUGCAACACCGCUCAGAACAUCAUUCCUGCCGCCAAAAACAAGGGAUUCAAGGUCGUCUUGGGCAUCUGGGCCGACUACACUGAUUCCUUCAACAACGACUUCAAUGCUCUGAAACAGUCUGUGCCCGGCAAUGAAGACGUUGUCAGUGCAAUCACUGUCGGCUCUGAAGUCCUCUACCGCAAGAGUCUUACGGCUCAACAGCUUUUGAGCCUGAUUCAGCAAGUGCAGAACCAGUUCCCCAAGGUAGCCGUGGGCACCGUGGAUAGCUGGAACAAGUUCGCCGAUGGCACCGCUGAUCCCAUCAUCCAGGCUGGGGUUAGAUACCUCUUGGCCAAUGGGUUUGCUUACUGGCAGGAUGUUUCUCUCGCCAAUGCCAAACAAGUGUAUUUCGAUGAUGUUUACGCUGCCAAGGAGCGUGUGAAGCAGAUCGCUGGCUCAAAUGCUAACAACAUCUACUUCGGGAACGGCGAGACUGGCUGGCCGACUGAUGGAGGAUCCAACUAUGGCAAAAACUCCGUCGCCGGUACUAAGAAUGCUGAGCAGUAUUAUCAGACCUCGGUUUGUGCUAUGCUAGCCUCCAACAUUGACGUGUUCUACUUUGAGGCCUUCGACGAGUCUUGGAAGCCCAACAGUGUUGGAGACAACGGCCAGUCAAUGGAUGAGAAGCACUGGGGUCUCUUCACUGCCGAUCGUAAGCCCAAAUUCAACCUGAACUGCCCGAACUAGACGCCUGAAAGCCUCGAGGUUGUGCGAUGAGGGGCCCGGCUCCGUUUCUUUGUUCUUUUUUUCUUUGU